CUAUUUAAAACUCUUUGAACCCUCGCCUCCUCUCUCUCUUCCUCUCCCCCUCUCUCUCAUUCCCGCUGCUACAGACCUCCGCUUGCGGCCGCCAUGCCGAAGCAUUACCGCCCCGCCGGGAAGAAAAAGGAAGGAAACGCCGCUAAGUAUGUGACCAGGUCGCAAGCUGUGAAAUACCUCCAAGUUAGCCUUCCUGUAUUCAGGAGACUAUGUAUCCUCAAAGGUGUAUUUCCUCGGGAACCAAAGAAGAAGGUGAAGGGAAACCACCAUUCUUAUUAUCACACGAAAGAUCUCAUGUUCCUUAAACAUGAGCCCCUGCUUGAAAAAUUCAGAGACAUGCGCACUUAUGAGAGGAAGGUGAAGAAAGCUGUGUCAAAGAAGAAUAGAGAUCUCGCGGAGCGGCUGUUGACACGGAAGCCCACUUACACUCUUGAUAUGCUCAUUAAGGAGAGGUAUCCAACAUUCAUUGAUGCAUUGAGAGAUCUUGAUGACUGCCUUAGUAUGGUACACCUAUUUGCUGCAUUGCCUGCUGUGGAUAGAAUUGUUGAUGGAGAAAAGAUUCCUGUAAGCCGUGUCCAUAAUUGCCGAAGGUUGAGUCAAGAGUGGCAGGCAUACAUUUCUCGCACCCAUAAACUAAGGAAGACAUUCAUUUCUGUGAAAGGAAUUUAUUAUCAAGCAGAGGUUGAGGGGCAAAAAGUUACUUGGUUAACUCCUCAUGCAUUGCAACAAGUACUGCCCGAAGUGGAUUACAGGGUCUUGCUUACAUUUUUGGAAUUUUAUGAGACUCUUCUUGGAUUUGUUAAUCACAGACUGUAUCAAUCAAUAAAUGCGACGUAUCCACCAAUUCUUGACCCUCGGUUGGAAGCUCUGUCUGCAGAUCUUUAUGCAUUGUCAAGAUAUCUUGAUGCCAACGGCCAAAGUUCCUCGACGAGUGCAAAAGCCAUCUCCUCAUCUGGCUCUGAGCCAGCUGAGCACCAACAGGAUGAACCUGAUGCUUUAAUGCAACAGCUUCCUUCUAAUGAACCUGGUGCUUUAAUGCACCUUCUUGGAGAUGCUUCCAGAGAGGAUGAGGAAGAUUUAGAAACCAGGGCAUGCAAAAGCCUCUUCAAGAACAUCAAAUUCUUCUUGAGUCGUGAGUCUCCUAGAGAGUCAUUGCUGUUUAUCAUCCCUGCAUUUGGUGGCACAGUUUCUUGGGAAGGUGCAGGCGCACCAUUCGAUGAGUCUGACCAAAGCAUCACUCAUCAGGUUGUUGAUAGGCCAACACAAGGGCAUAAGUUCCUUUCCAGGGAAUAUAUCCAACCUCAGUGGGUCUAUGAUUGUAUAAAUGCACACAUCAUUUUGCCUACUGAGAAAUAUAUUGUGGGAUGUGUACCUCCUCCGCAUUUGUCUCCUUUUGUAGACAAUGAUGCUGAAGGUCACGUUCCUGAGUACGCUGAAGCUAUUAACCGACUAAAGGCUGCUGAAAGAAAAGAAGUUCUGCCAUUGCCUGGCAUGGAAAAAGAAGAUUUGGAUGACCCUCAAAGUUUACUAGGUAUCAUUGAUCGGGCAGAAGCUAUCGAGGCUGCUAAGAAAAAACAGAAGAUGUUAACACUGGAGAAGAAGUACCAUGAAGAACUGAAGCUAGAGCUUCAAGGUGCUCAGUUCCCUGCUGUCCAAAGUGAUGUGGAAGUCGCGGAUGCUGAAGUAGAUGCUUCGCUUGAUCUUCAACAAAGGGCCAAGGAUGCUGCUAAUUUGUCAGAGGUUUCAAUGUCGCGCAAGAAGAGGAAACUCCUAGAAGCAAUGAAGAUCGGCCAACAGAGAAAAGAGGAUAAAGUAAAUAAUCUGAAAGAGCGGAAGCGGAAACUCGAUAAAGCCAGGAGUUCUUCGUAAACUCAUAUUUGUAGGAGACACUUAUAAUCUUUAUUAUUGUGUUUUUUCAGAGAAAUAGGGCUUGAUAUUUUAAUGCUGUAUAUCCAAAUACUGGCAAUCAGUUUUGAUCAGCUGACAAUUUUGUUGAAACGCCUAAGGCAUUGUUGUAUUUCAUUUAUUUGAUCAGUUAUUACUUAUUAGUUCUCAUUCUUCAUUUUUUUUCUUUAUUAUUGAAAUUUAGUUAAGACAUUGCUUUCUUCCCAAAUGAGUGACUGCUCACAAUUUUCUAGCAGACUUCCUUUUGUAGGUUGCACCCGAACUUCUUUUGGUCGUUUGCUUCACGAACUAGAUCAUUACACGAGGUUAUAGAUCACCUCAAGGGACUAAUGUAACUUGACUUAGAGGGUGUUUGACUGAGCUUAUAAGCUUUAUUAAAAUUAUAUAUAUCAUUUUAAGUUCACCUCUUGUUGAUUUUCUUUUUAAUAAAGAUUUUCUCUCGUUAGCUUAUAAACUGUUGAUAAUGAUAGAAUACAUCUUACAACAUGUUGAAUCUUAGUAAGUUCUUUAAAAUAAAUUUAGCCAAACACCCUCGUAGACCAUUCAUGAUUUGAACUUGGCAUAUGGCUAGAGAGCUUAGCGUGCCACCAUGAGGUCGGUUUAGCUGAUCGGAGGCUGCCUGUGGUGGAGUUGCCUCGUAGAGACGAUGCUAGAAACUCUACAUAAAUUGUUCUAUAUAUACGGAUGGCAAACCAUUCACGUAAUUUGAUAGAGUAUUUAACAGGAUAUUUAUCAGUAUCCUAUUAAAAUAUGUGAGUGGUCCGCACCAUGUGAACGUUGGCACAUUGAGACCUCUGAUUUUGUUUGUUGUAGGUUUAAUUACAAUUUACACCAUUAAUUUGGGGCCAAAAACAAUCUCUUUCUUGAAGGUUCCCUCUCUAUAUUUUUUGUAACAUAUAUGAAUGGCAUCAUUUUCAUGGUGGGAACAUGAAAAUACCCCAAGGUACGGAGCACAAGGUAGUAGUAUGUACGUCGGCAGAUAAGAGCAAAAAACCAACUUAAAUGAUGUCCUUUCUUUGAUGCAAAGAGGCAUCAACUCUCAUUAUGUGGCCAUGGCUUGUCGCCAUAGGGUACAUACAUUAUCUCACUCUCACACCACAAACAAAUCCAUGUGAUUCACCAUGGCCCAUUUGCAUCUCUAGUAGUUAUCUUCUCCUAUUUUUCCAAGAUAAACUAUUUCUUCAUAUCCUCUAUAUAUACACAACACAUUUGCCACCAUCAUCAUCAUCAUCAUCAUCAUCAUCAGCUCUUAAUUUCACCAUAUAAACUUUAAAAAGUUGCUCAUUUGAAUUCGAUUUUUCGUACAAGAUGGCCAUGCGACAGAUGCUAGACGGUCUUUAUCUAGCGAGAGAAGGGCAGCUUCAUCAGUCUCAAAGGGCCAUGUUGCUGUUUAUGUCGGGGAGAAUGAGAAUGAGAAGAAGCGGUUUGUCAUCCCAGUGUCGUACUUGAACCACUCCUCGUUUCAAGAGUUGUUGUUUCGGGCUGAGGAGGAAUUCGGGUUCCAUCACCCCAUGGGCGGCCUCACCAUCCCCUGCUCCGAGGACUUAUUCAACGGCGUCGUCUCGGCCUUGAGCACCACUUCACAUAUACAAGCAAUGUUUUAGGAGAAACACACAGUUUUGUAGAUUAGCCCUUUCUUAGAAAAUGUAUGUAAAAAUUUACAAGCUAUGAAUAUACAUACAAAUUAUUGAGCCA